AUGCGACCAUUUGCAAGGAGAACCAAGGCAGAUCUUUUGGAUAUUCAGGUACAUGUUCAAGAGACAACCAUGCACACAUGCAGUGCUUGCCAUUGCACAGAUCUUGGCAGCUCAAGCCUGGAGGGUGUAAGGUGUGUAGAGGCUGCCUGCUUUUGUGCGUUGCGAUGGGACUGCAGUUCUGCCUAUGGGAAGAGCGCCGGUACCGUGAAGGACCAGUUGAAAGAGCUGUUUCCCAAGCUGUCAGAAAACGAACGUCAACGACGGAGAAGCUGGAGAAGCAGCGAAGCAGAAGGAAAGUUCGAACACCGCGAACGAAAGCUGCAAUCCCUGGCUGCAGCGGAGCAAAGCUCCUCUCAAGCCUCGAACUUCAGUGACAGUGAUAACUCCAGCUAG